AUGAUUUUGGGUGGCCCGGCCGGGGGAGAUUCCAACCGAGCUCGGAAGGGCCACUCACGACAGCUGACCAUCUACGCUGUAGGAUGCAGCAAGGAAAAAGCAGAGGGACCCGAAAUCAGCUUCGGCCCUGAGGACCUAGAGGGGGUUGAAAUCCCUCAUGAUGAUGCAUUGAUCAUCAAGGCGGUGAUCGCAAACUACACCGCCCGCCGAACUUUCAUCGACACAGGAAGCUCGGUAAACAUUAUUUUUAAACAAGCAUUCGAUUUAUUGCAGAUCGAUAGGUCUGAGCUAUUGCCCAUGGCAACACCACUGUACGACUUCACUGGCAACGAAGUCUCGCCAAUUAGUCAGACAAGAUUGGCCGUUUCGCUCGGAGAAGAGCCCCUAGUAAGGGCGCGCACCACGAACUUCAUCGUGGUAGAUGCGCCCUCGGCGUACAACGUAAUAUUAGGCCAACCAGCUCUCAAUGAAUUUCGAGCUGUGGUAUCAACCUACUGCCAGAAGAUUAAAUUCCCCGUGGGGAAUUUGGUGGGCGAAGUGCGAGGGGACCAGGUAGCAGCCAGGCGGUGUUAUGUGGAGAUGGUCAAGGCGGAUGCUAAGGCCGCCAAGUGUCCCCGAUUGGAGGUGAACGCCGUCAGAGAGAAGCCGCCCUCGUUGAUAUACGACAAUAAGGAGGAGGUGCAGAUACUGUAG